CGCUCCCCGGCCAUCUUGACGUCUGAUCUUGGUUGGGGCUUGUCCCGCACCUAAGGCAAGAAGAUGGUGGCUGCAAAGAAGACGAAAAAGUCUCUGGAGUCAAUCAACUCUAGGCUCCAACUUGUUAUGAAAAGUGGAAAGUACGUGCUGGGGUACAAACAGACUCUGAAGAUGAUCAGACAAGGCAAAGCGAAAUUGGUUAUCCUCGCCAACAACUGUCCAUCUUUGAGGAAAUCUGAAAUAGAAUACUAUGCCAUGUUGGCUAAAACUGGUGUCCAUCACUACAGUGGCAAUAACAUUGAAUUGGGCACAGCGUGUGGAAAAUACUACAGAGUAUGCACACUGGCUAUCAUUGAUCCAGGUGAUUCUGAUAUUAUUAGAAGCACGCCAGAACAGACUGGUGAGAAGUAAACAAGAAAGUUUUCCUUUAAUAAAGCUUUGCCAGAGCUCCUUU